AUGCUGUUAAACGUCGUGAGAGGUCCAAGAUCGUUUGAAGAGAUAAAGACCUACAAUGGCGUGUUGUACCCUGAAUUUAAAGAUGCUUGUUACGCUAGGGGCCUGCUAGAGGAUGACCAAGAGUAUAUCGAUGAUAUUUGCAGAAGAAGCUUCACAUGUCCUCCAUCACAACUUUGCCAGUUGUUUGUCAUCAUGCUUACUUCAGAUAGUCUGAUUUCGCCAGAGGUAGUUUGGUAUGCAUGUUGGGAGUUUCUCUCCGACGACAUCGAGAUGCUUAGAAGACGGGAUCUUAAUAGACCAGAACUGACAAAGAACAUUAGGCUCUUAUCUGGUAAUCUGAGUGAAGAAGAAGCAAAAGCCCUAAAGGAAUUUUCAGAGUGGAUACUCGAUGUUGGUAAUGGAAGAAUAGUGGAACCUAAUGAUGGUGAAGAUGAGACCGAAAUUCCUGAGGAAUUCCUUAUAAUGGAUGAAGAGGAGCCUAUUGAAUCUAUAAGCAGGAAGAUUUAUGGAAAUUCUGAGGCUCUGCAGGACAACACGGAUCCAAACUUUUUCCAAGGAAGAGCAAUUCUUUGUCCUACGAACGAAGAAUUCGACAAGAUUAACCAGCACAUGCUAAACAACUUGAAUGACACUUCUGCUAUGAAUGACGAGGCUCUCAGCACGGAAUUCUUAAACAGCAUCAGAGUUGCUGGCUUACCUAACCACAAUUUGAGACUGAGGGUUGGGUGUCUGGUCAUGUUGCUAAGGAAUAUUGAUCCAAUAGGAGGUUUAAUGAAUGGAACAAGGCUGCAAAUUACUCAACUAGCUAACUUUAUGGUAGAAGCUAAGAAAGGAGUUACAACCAAAAGAGUGAAGACUGUCCAGACGGCUCUAUCGAGAAUCAGCGCCCAACCGCGCAGACCGGCUGGCCGAGAAACGUUGUUUCACGCUCGGCCAAAUCACAUCCGUCCGUCUGAAGUCUCGGCCAAAGUUCAAGAUCGUCGGCCGAUACGCAUCACGACCCGGGAAACAUGUCCCGCGGUCGGCCACGCACACCGCUCACGCCAUGCCGCGCACGACCAUGCCGCGCGAGCCGGGAAAAAGCCUCGCGGCCGCGCAACCUGUCUCGCGUACCACGGCCGAUGCAUCCGUCCGAGCCGGGAAACUACGUCCCGCGUCCGGCCGAAAUCAUCGGCCAAUCUUCACCGUCCGACCAUAGCGGCCGACCACGAACCGUCCGGCCCGACCGUUCCGAUCGUACUGCGGCCACGACCCGAUCGUCCGGCCGAUCGUCCCGACCGACCGUCCAACGCCGCGGUCGACCCGAAGCCCGUUUUGAAGCCCGUUUCACAUAUUUUCAAGCCCGGCUUAACCCUAAGCCGCCUCAAAAGACCUAGCACUAUAUAUAUAGCUUUUUAG